AUGUCCUUCAAUUUUAGAUUCUAUUAUGAAAAUGAAGAGAUAUUCACUAAGUCGCAACUACACGAGCUGAGGAAAACCAGUUUAUCGCGGAUACUGUGUGAUUCGGGUGACAACAUCAAAUUUGUACCCAAGCACGCAUUCCAGCAAUCCGAUAUAGAAGAUGUGCUGUCAUGUGAGCAAAUCGCGGCACCCGAUUGGCGCGUUUGGAAGGAAACUAUUUGA